AUGCUCAAGUUGCAACAGUACCAUUUUUCCGUGAAAUACAAAAAAGGGAAAGAGAUGUACAUUGCUGAUACUUUGUCUCGAGCAGCUUUAACCAAUCCCACGAAAAUGGGAACAAGUGAUGAAGAAGUGUUUCGCAUGGAAUUAUCAUCAAUGGACCUUAGACCACCCAACUUGUCUAAUGUCACAUUUGAGCGACUAAAAGAAGAAGUAUCGAGUGACGUAACAAUGAAAUCACUUUAUGAAACAGUACUAAAAGGAUGGCCGUUAGAUAGAGCUUUGCUACCUGUCGAUCUUCGGCCAUACUGGUCUUUUAGAGACGAGAUUACGGUUGAUAAGGGGAUACUAUUGAAGUCUCAUCAAGUAAUUAUCCCGUCAUCAAUGAGACAAGAGAUGUUGAACAAGAUACACAAAGCUCAUCAAGGUGCAGACAGCAGUAUAAGAAGAGCCCGAGAAACAUUAUUCUGGCCAGGAAUGUCAGCGGCAAUACGCCAAACCUGCUCGUCAUGUGGACUAUGUGCACAGUAUAAAUCAGAACGACCAACCGAACCGAUGAAAUCUCAAGAAAUUCCCACACUUCCAUGGGAACGAGUAAGAGUUGAUUUAUUUCAAUUGGAUGGUAAAACGUACUUAGUAACUGUUGAUCAUUACAGUGAUUUCAUAGAAAUUGAUUGGCUAAAGAAUACGUCAGCAAUGGCAGUCAUCAACGCCAUGAAGAAGAACUUCACCAGAGCAGGGAUUCCUCGCGUAUGCAUCAGUGACAAUGGUCCACAAUUCAGUAGCCAUGAGUACAGCCAAUUUGCCAGUGAAUAUGGAUUCAACCCAGUUAAGUCCUCACCUUAUCAUAGUAAAGGCAAUGGAAAGGCAGAAUCUGCGGUAAAAGUAGCGAAAAAUAUUCUAAAAAAAGCACGGCAUGAAGACCCCUAUUUGGCAUUGUUGGCGUACAGGAACACUCCACAACAGGGUCACAAGUUCUCACCUGCUCAAAGACUUAUGAAUCAGAAAUUACGAGAUAUCACUGUGUCCGUACCUCAACAACUUAUCCCACAUCCUGUUCCCAGCACUGAAGUCGUAAAUGAUAUAAUGUCACGUAGAGUCCGGUCCAAACAACAGUAUGAUAAAAGAGCAUCACCGCACCCUUUGAACACGUUCUUGCGAAACGAUCGUGUCUUUGUGAAACCAAACCCGAAGAAUAAGCACAAGCCAUGGAUAUAUGGAGAAGUCGUAAAAGAUUGUGGCCACCGAUCGUGUGUAGUGGAUACGUCUCUUGGACUAAUUCAACGAAACCAUAAACAAAUCCGGAAAGCUGAAGUUACACCCCAGUCUUUCAAUAAAGCGAACCAGGAAGACGUAGAAAUAAUAUCCCUCCCAGACGAAACCUUACCAUCACUGACUUCACUGACUUCACUGACUCCAUUAACAAUAGAAACAACCGAGAAACAAAUAACGGCACAGCCACCUCCACCGGAAGAAACACAGCCAGGACCUCUGAGGCGUUCGACAAGAAUUCGUAAAUCGCCAGUAAAACUUAAAGAUUAUGUACGAUAA